CUCUUUUCUUCUUUCUACCUUUAUCUUACAUUUCAUCCACCGUCCACCACGUCCGUGCACAACACAUCCUCUCUAGACACCUCCACCAUCUUCUUGCCACCAGCUGCCAUCAGCCUGCCCCACCUAAAAUAUCCAGCUUUAUUUUUGCUCUAACACCAGAAUAAAGUAUGAGAGUUACAACCCUCGUCUCGGCUGCUUCGCUGCUCGCUGUAGCCACAGCCACUCCACUUGUGGUUCGUCAGAAUGCUACAGCUCCCCAAUGCGCAGAAGAUUGUUUCGCCGAUGUGGACACAAUUGAAUCUAUUUGUUCCUCAGGUGACGUUGCAUGUUAUUGUACGGAUCCCAUGAUCGUUGGUUACCUUCGUUCGUGCCUGUCUUCAAGCUGCAGCACUGAAAAUGUCAACAACGCAAUCUACUAUGGCGAGGAAGUAUGUGCUGCCAAUGGUGCGGAUGUUUCUAUGCGUGAUGACGGGUCGUCAACGACCGGCUCCUCUUCCGCCACUGCUGGCUCCACACCAUCCUCAACGUCAUCAUCCUAUGAAUCAAUUUCGUCAGCCAGUGAGACCACUUUCACUAGUGCCAACUCGGCCGCUGCUUCCGAGAGUUUGUCGGUCUCUGGCACUGAGUCUGCUCCGAUAGCUGCGCAAACGUCCCAAGUGUCUAGCAGUGAAACUCCUACUACCAAGUCUGCGUCUACAUCCGUUGGCGAGACAAGCAGCGUUUCCUCCUCCGUUGUUGAUGAAACUACAUCUACCAACUCUGCUACGUCAGAAAGUCAGACUUCUUCAUCAUCUUCCGAAGAAAGCUCUGCUGUCGCUGCAGCUAGCACUUCUACAUCUGCGUCAGCCUCAGUAUCGUCUCCCACAUCCACAUCCUCUUCCUCUUCUAGUUCUUCCGCCCCGUCAUCUACAUCUUCUGAGAGUGACGCAUCUUCGAAUGUUGCUUCCACUGUCUCUCUAAUCACCUCAGCUUCUUCAGAGACCGCCACUACUGCUGCAUCUGGACUGGCUGCUUCUAGUGUUUCCACUUCUAGUGGUGAACGAAUGAUUGCAGGUACCACCGGCGUGAUGGUUGCCACAAUGUUGGCUCUGUUUGUGAUCUAAGGGGAUUUUGGGUUAAUAAAGUAACCGUUACUAUUUCGCCAUUGCAUUUCACGGACGAUGUGGACGCCAUUCUACACCUGACACCUGUAAUAUACCCUGAUGAUAUAUUAGUUGACAGCUUUUCUGUUUCAGACAUGGAGGCCGGAUCACUUCCU